ACCGCGCACCACUUCAUUGAUCACUACACUAUCAGUCGGUUCAUCGAAGUGUUCUGUUCUAACAAAGACAAAGUAUACUCCAGAAAAAAGAAAUGGAGCAGAGCGCAAAGAUGGAGGAAUCGAGGAUGGCUUGUGCUGCGCUCCCGGAGGCAGUCGAGCCCAGGAAGAAGAGCAAUUUCAAGUAUGCCUGCACCUGCGCCGCCUUCGCUUCCAUGGCCACCAUCGUCCUCGGCUAUGAUGUUGGGGUGAUGAGCGGGGCGUCGCUGUACAUCCAGGAAGACCUGCGCAUCACGGACGUGAAGGUGCAGAUCAUGAUCGGCAUCCUCAGCUUGUACGCGCUUGUCGGGUCCUCCCUGCCCUGUUUCGCUUCGCUAGUGUAG